UAGCGGCCUCGAGUAUUUCGCUCUAUGCGCGAGUUGUUUCUGUGUCUCUCCGCUCCAAGUGUCUUUCUUUCUUUCUUUCCCUCCUCCUUCUUCGUUCGCGAUGACGAUGACGAUGAUGAUCAUGGGUUGGGCUGGGGCGGUCGCCGGUCGGUCGGAUGAGUGAGUGGGCUAUCUACUCUACCCAAGUAGAGCAUGCACAGUGCUGGCCAGCCAGGCCAGCCAGGCCAGCUCUUCCUUCCAUGUGCACGCAAACCACAACCACCACCGAGACCUGCGGAUCCCAUCCAUGCAUCUCAGAGUCUCAGACACCACAAGCACGAAAAUAAAAUAAUAACAAAACUGAGCAAAAACAAAAACAAAAAUAGCGACCACCUCACCAGCCACAUUACUCUAUCUACUGCCUGGCCUGCGUUCAACUUCAACAUUGCAAACAAACCGCCCCAUUCCCGUCCCAACCAGUCGUCCCCUCACGCUUGGCGGAACGUGCAGCAUGACAUGUAUGUGUGUAUGUCAGUACUAGAGUACACAUACAUAUGCGUCCAACACAACGGGGGGCAGGGCGGGGGCGGGGCGAGGCGUCGCGGAGCAUGCGUCAUGCUUUCUUUCCCUCUCCAUCCUUCAGCUCAGCUCAUCGAAUGGAAUGGAAUGGGAUGGGGUACUCUAGCUAUGUGGAUAUGUAUGUGGGUAUUUAUCCAGCCGGAAUGUACCGUGACUGCCCAUACAUACAUAUCGGGUACAUAUGAUGUGCAUAGGUACUCGAUGGAAGCGUGGAGGAAGCUGGAGGAAGGAAUAGAUACCGGGGAGGGGCUGUACCAUACACCACAGGACAGGACUACGGAAGUAUGUACCUAUGUCCUUACAGGUGGAGUACAUACAUACACACUCUACAUCUCACCUGGAAACCCGUAUCGAAACGCGUACGCUUCAACUUCACCUUCGCCUUCGGGGGGUACCAUGCCAUAGGUGUAUAUCGAGUUCGUAUCCGUCAUCAUCCAUCAUCCAUCGUCCGGUGUGCGGCGUUCACUCGUCGGUAUCUACCUGUAUACCCAGCUAAACAAAAUACGGUACCUACCUAAUCUGCCUACCUGCUCUGGAUAGAUACGAUGGCGUUUCCCUCGCCUUACAUACAUACGAUCCUUUACGUUGGAUGCUCUAGAGCAGGUAGCUACAAUGACCCGUGGGCACUGGGCACUGGGCACUGGGCGCAGUCGCCGAUUCAACAUUCAAC